AUGUUCUCGGCCAUCCUGCUCCUCAUCGUCCUCCUUGGUCUCUUGCUACUCUGGGGCCAACCUAAACCCAGGGGCCGCCUUCCACCUGGGCCCUGGCCUCUGCCCUUCCUGGGAAAUGUUUUGCAUGUGGACCCCAAGGGGUUUCUCAAGUCGUUCCAGGCGCUUCGCGAGAAACAUGGGGAUGUCUUCACAUUCUACCUGGGAUGCCAACCUAACGUCAUCCUGUGGGGGUACAAGGCAGUGCGGGAGGCCCUGGUGGAUCAGGCUGAGGCUGUCUCUGGCCGAGGAUCUAUAGACAUCAUUGACCCAAUCUUUGAGGGAACUGGUUUGAUCUUUGCCAAUGGAAAGUCCUGGAAGACACAUCGACGAUUCACUGUGGCAACCAUGAGAGACUUUGGCAUGGGGAGGAGGACCAUUGAGGAGCGAAUCAAGGAGGAAGCUAAGUGUGUGGUGAAGGAACUGCGGAAAUACAAGGGGGCCUAUCUGGAUCCCACUUUUCUCUUUCACUCCAUCAUGGCCAACAUCAUCUGCUCCAUUGUCUUUGGUGAGCGUUUCAGUUACCAGGACCCCAGAUUCUUAAAUCUGCUAAAUUUACUGAAUGACAUCUUCACCAUCGUUAGCUCUUUCUACAGUCAGGUGUAUGAACUCCUCUCUGACAUCUUGAAACACUUUCCGGGGCCCCACAAGCAUCUGUACAGUAAAAUUCAAGAAGUGAAAGAUUUCAUCACUGAGAAUAUCGAGCUGCACAGGAGAACCCUGGACCCCAGCAACCCCAAGGACUUCAUUGAUUGCUACCUGCUCCGCAUGGAAAAGGAGCGCUCAAACCCUGACACUGAGUUCCAUGAAAAAAAUCUCGUGCACACUGUGCUCUCCCUGUUCGUCGCCGGCACGGAGACUUCCAGUACCACUCUCCGCUAUGGGCUGCUCAUCCUUGUGAAGCACCCGGAUGUCACAGAAAAGGUCCAGAUGGAGAUUGACAGAGUGAUCGGAUCCCACCGGCCCCCAGCCCUUGAAGAUCGGGCCAAAAUGCCUUACACAGAUGCUGUCAUCCAUGAGAUUCAGAGGUUCAGUGACAUCACGCCUUUGGGCGUCCCCCACUGUGUCACAAAGGACACUGACUUCCGGGGAUAUCAUCUCCCUAAGGACACUCGUGUUUGUCCCAUUAUGAGCUCCGUCCUCCGUGACCCACACUACUUUGAGAAGCCAGAUACCUUCUACCCUGGUCACUUCCUUGAUGCCGAGGGCAACUUCCGGAAGCAGAAAGCCUUCAUUCCAUUCUCCAUGGGAAAACGCCUCUGUCUGGGAGAGAGCUUGGCCUGCUCAGAGCUCUUCCUCUUCUUGACCAUGAUUCUACAGAACUUCUCCUUGGGAUGUUCCAAGGCCCCAGAAGAUAUUGAACUCAUACGGGGGGUUAAUGGGAUGUGGAAAGUGCCCCCUGACUUCCAGCUCUGCUUCCUGCCCCGGGGAGGGGGCGAAACAAGGCAGAUGCCCUCAGGAGUGAUUGCAGAGUGA